AUGAAACGGUUGCUAGGCAGCCGAGGCGGCGCGCGCCUCUUAACGGCGCUCCUCGUGCACCUGCGGUUGGCUUCCGGCACGUGCCCCUGCCAAGACCCCUCGCUCUGCGAGCCCAUCUCGGCCGCCAGAGAUUUCGAGGUUUUUGUGUUUCAGGUUGGUGGGAAGGCCUGGAAGUUCUAUGAUUGGUCACAAAUUACAACUGUGGCAACUUUUGGAAAAUAUGACCCUGAGCUCAUGUGUUAUGCUCAUUCGAGAGGAUCCAGGGUUGUUUUAAAAGGAGAUGUAUCUGUGAAAGAAAUUGUUGAUCCUGCCUUCAGAGCAGCUUGGAUAGACCAGAAGGUGGAGCUUGCCAAAAAGCAGUAUAUGGAUGGAAUCAACAUAGAUAUUGAACAAAUGGUUACUAAGUCUUCAGCAGAAUACUAUGCAUUAACAGCUUUGGUUAAAGAAACAACAGAAGCUUUUCAUAAAGAAAUUCCAGGAUCACAGGUGACCUUUGAUGUAGCUUGGUCUCCAGAAUGCAUAGACAAAAGGUGUUAUAACUAUACUGGGAUCGCCAAUUCCUGUGAUUUUGUGUUUGUCAUGUCUUAUGAUGAGCAGAGUCAAGUAUGGACAGACUGCAUAGCAAGAGCCAAUGCUCCAUACAACCAGACAUUAACUGGAUAUGAUGAUUACAUUCACUUGGGCAUUAAUCCAAAGAAGCUUGUGAUGGGUGUUCCGUGGUAUGGCUAUGAUUAUCCCUGUCUGUCGUUAUCUAAGGCUCAUGUAUGUGCCAUUAAAGAAGUCUCUUUCAGGGGAGCCCCUUGCAGCGAUGCAGCAGGACAGCAGUUGCCCUAUAGAAUAAUAAUGAAUUGGGCAAACAGUUCUAUGUCUGGUAUUCUGUGGGAUGAGGAACAGAAAGCUCCAUAUUUUGAAUACCAGGACCCACAUGGCACUAUACAUCAAGUGUGGUAUGAUGAUCCCAGGAGCAUUUCUUUGAAAGCGGCUUAUGUGAAAGAACGGGGUUUGAGGGGUAUCGGUAUGUGGAACGGGGAUUGUCUUGACUACUCUGGAGGCUCUGUGGCACAACAGCAGACAGAAGCAAUGUGGGAGGCCUUGAAACCAAAAUGAUUUUAUAAUAGUGUAAACAGAGCCAUCUAAGGUUAAAA